AUGUUAAACGUUCUCAAGCUCAGCGAGCUCCUCGCCAAAAAUGUCGACCCGAAGCUCUACCCCCGUCUAUUCGUCAUGUCCCCCAACGGCACCCUAAUGGCCUACUCCACCCCCGUCGACGUCAAAGAGCUCCGAGAUCAAGCCGCCCUCAUCUCCAUGGCUUGGAAAGAGCACGAAGCAGCAUUGAAGAAGAAACAUGUUAACGACGCGAACGCCUCAGAAAGCCAGAGCUCAGCUUCGCCGCCUGCGCUGGAAACGCUGACAAUAGAAUUCCAACACAACAAUAUCAUUGUGCGCGCACUGCAGCCGAAACUUCUCCUGGUACUCGUCGGCGGCGUCCCGCCGUCGCGCAAGUCAGUGUUCAAAGUCACGCCAGAGGCACACGGCGAUCCCCGGUAUCCGCCGGCGGAACCGUCAGAAGUAGAGGAGCCGGCAACGAGCCCGCCAGAGAUGCCAACGGAAGGAACCCCGAGUAAUGGAGACGCCGGCAAUGGGAAGAGAAGAGCUGCCUCCAUUCUAAGUACGAUGAGCCAGCGAGAGAAGGACCUAAAGAUCGGGGCACUGCAUAUCCAGCGGAAGAAGAUAGACGCGUUGACUGCCUUCAUUCGGGCGGAUUUUGAUGCGAAAGGCUUCGUCAUGCCAGAUGAUUCAGGGUUUCUGUAG